AUGUCGGAGAACAAUGACGGCUCGGGAGGGUCUUCCGAUGAAAUGAAUCGCGUGGAGGAAGCUGGAGAUCUUUCCGCUAUUCACAACAUCGUCGGGCCUCAAGACGACAAUGGAGAAAACCCCGACGCCUCAGCUCAAGCUACCCAUGAGGACGAAAGCGGACAAGACUCUACCAUUGAAAAAUAUGGCACCGCUGAAGAUGAUCGGACAGUUGCUGAAAGACUGAAAAAAGCUAUUGUCGACGAUAAUGAGGAUGAACUUGUCUCAAUCCUCCAGAGUAACCCAGAUGUCCUCGAAGCGAGACUUGAUUUCACCUUUAAGCCCGACGAUCUUACAGUGAAAGAACUAACCCCCUUAAUUUUGGCGGCAGGAUUGGGUCAACGUAACAUCGUGGAGAUUCUUAUGGACCGAGGUGCCGAUUUUGACGCACGAGGGAAUGAUCUACUCGAUUCUAAGAACAGCUGGGGAGUAACUCCUUUCUUCGAUGCGGUCUUUGGGGUGCGGCAUGAAACAGUUGCAUAUCUUCUUCACAAGGGCGCGAAGUUCACCUUCAGCGACCUAACGGAUUCGCUUCGGAGAUUUUCGAGUCAAAUCUCGGACAAAGCAGAGCUUCCUGCCGCUCUCUGUGGAUGCUGGAUUGCUUUUGAAGAUUUUUUUCAUUCCAAUGUGUCAUGGACCACCAACAAUCAGGGAAAUACAGCACUGCAUCUCGCAUGCAUGGGAAUUUUGAGGGGCAGACUUGAUAUUAAAAGGCUCGAAUACAUGCGAAUUAUUGAUGUAUUGUGGAAGGCACAUGGCAGCCUCCUGGAGAAAUCGAAUAAGGCUGGGGAAACACCACUUCUGACUGCAGCUUGUUGGGGAUACUGGAAGGCAUUUGAAUAUCUGGCUAAGAAGGGUGCCAAUCUUUCUGCCCAGAACUCUAACCAGGACACUGCAUUGCACCUCGCCUGUCAAGGAACUAUGGGAAGCCUGUCUUGCAUUCCUGCUCCUCAACAUACGCAAAUCAUCGAAAUGCUAAUACAAGAUAAACUCGAUCUUCUGGAGCGGCCAAACAAAUCCGGGGAAACACCGCUCCUUGUUGCGGCUCGUUGUGGCCAAUUCAAGAUUGUGAAGCUUCUCUUGGAGAAGGAAGCAUACCAUCUCGCGUCAGAUAAUGAGGGAAACACAGUGGUUCAUUUAUGUUGUCGGUUCCAAGAGGAGGAAACUAACUCCCCUACCAAUCCGCAAGGUUGUUUGAACUUGGUCAAAAGAAUCGUGAAGGACCACCCUGAGCUUUUAGACAAAAAGAAUAAUGACGAUGAGACCCCGGUUCUUAUUGCAGCUAUGAAGGAUCAUUUGGGUCUCGUUGAAUUUUUCCACAAGCAGAAUGCUAAUAUGGAAAGCAGGGAUGUGUGGGGAUUUACCCCUCUACUCAACUCUACUUUCAGCAGUUCAACCUCCGUCAUGAGAUACCUUUUGAACGAUAAUGCAGAUGUGACGGCGAUAACAAACUCUCAAAACAAUGUUCUCGAGAUUGCUUGCCAAGAACCCAAUCCUGACGUUCUUCAAAUAAUUCUCAGACUCCAGCGCGAUCAAUUGAGACCACUUGCGAAUGGAACUAAUAAGUCGGGGCAGACGCCAUUGAUGACGCUUAUCGAGUCUGGAGAUCAGGAAUGUAUAGUUCAACUAUUGGAAUCACACAUCUACGUUCCUAAAGAUCCGUGUCUGGAUGAAAUACAUUACUCACCGGAGUCUGAACGAACCGUUGUCUCGUCGUGGCUUUCAGAGGGACUUGACGAGAAAUACGAAGACACAACCAGAUAUUCAACCCUCAAAGCCAAAAUUGUCUUUGUUAUCUACUGGGCCCUUUCAAAUGGUGACAAUAACCUGCUCAAGGCUGCCAUGAAGCACGUCACAUCCAUUGAACUCGAAAAAGGAAACACAUGGCUCCAUUUUCUGGCACGUGUUGGUGAUAUCCAGAGCCUGGAUUUAUUGAAGGACUGGGAGUCCUACGUCUUGAAAGUGGGAACUAGAAAAAUGACACCACUUCAUCUCGCAGCAAGUAGAGAAACCUCCGAUCUCGCUGAAAGGUUUCUAGAUUCACUUCAUACUGAAGGGAAUUUGGCGAGAUAUCAACCAGAAGAUGCAAGAGAUCAUGCAGCGAAAUCAGCGUCGCUAAAGAUACUGGAUGCCAUUCUCCAGGAGACAGAGGAUCUCGAUACCGUGAUAUCACUGGCAGUUCGGCAGCAAAACUCGACCCUGGAGAGAAGCUUGUGGAGUAGAGCCCUCAAAUUGGUCCAAAGUCAUAAAAUCUUCUCACGAAGUUCACUCGAAGAAAGGCGAAUCGCCGAGUUCGUCAUGGGAGUGGCAGCUUGGCGCUACACUACAGGCGAGCCGAAGUAUCUGUACGGCUUCAUGAACGUGGUCAGAAGUCUACCCUCUAAUCAGCCCGGUGAACAACCUUCGCCUUUGAAAUUCAUUGUGGAGCAUAAUUUCCCAGUUGCUCUUUGGUGGUUACUAUCCAGCGGCCGCUAUCUCGGUGAAACGGAUAUAAAGGAGUGCGAGGAACUGACCCGCAACAAAAAAUCGCUAGAAGACAGCCGUCCAGAUGACGAGGUCCAACGGAUUCUCAAGAAUCCCCCUCCGACGCGCGCCCAGGUAUAUGACGGAGGUCGUCCUCAAUUCAAACAUGACCCGCCAGUAAAGGGUUCGCUGAUUGCAACGCUCCUCGACUUCUCUGUAAAACCCCACCAGGUGAAUCUCAAGCUCAGACGAGCCGACAUUUAUGAUUUGAUCCGAGCUCAAGGACCAGAGUCUAUCAUGGCAGAUAACGAAUUCCAUAAGUUUCAAGACUACAAAAAUAGCCUCUGGCCUUCUACGGGGACAGCGCCCGAAACAGAGCAACAGGCACACGCAAAAGAAACCAAAAAGACUGGGAAUGCAACAAAACGGAAGGCGUUUGGGGAUAAGAAUGAUUCCAAAAAUGAGAAGAAGGGCAAGUCUUCCGAUUUUGAGCAAAGUUCUGCCAGCGGGGUGAAACAAAAAUUCCGCUGGGUUCAUCUACCAAGAAACGACCUGCAAUAUGUUGAGGAUCUCAUGGUUCGAUUGUCGGUUGACAGAGGCAGGAGUAAUAGCGAACAUUUCCACUUAGCUGGGCUGGUGGAAAAAAGCUGGAUGGAGAUCCCUUCAGGCGGCAAGACCUUCUACAUGAGACCGAAUUGCCAGAUUGAAAAGUCCGACAAGGUUAAGAUGCUGAGUCUUUAUGUGCCAUACAUAUUCUGGAGAGACGCGCCUGCAAGGAAUGAACUUGUCAAGCCCAGCAUCCGCACAGGAAAACCCGACCACCCUCAGGCUGAUAAUGGACCAACCUCAAGCUUCAAAUCUACAUCCCAAGCUACAGAUACUAAAGAUACAGAAAAGAGCACUGGGAAUACAACACUCGAACCCUCAACAGAUCUGCCCCAGGGCCCUCGGAAUGGUACCAAUCAUGAUCGUAAGCCCAACCAACAAGAUCUCGAUAACGCCGUUCAGCUAGAUCAAUAUUGGCCACAAUCCGAGGAAAGCAUUGGAAAGCGAGUCAUUCACAAAGAUCUCACUCUCGAUCAAUACUACUACGAGUCGCUCCAAGACACAAACACCCGGGAUUGUUCUCAGGUUCUCGGACGGCUGUUUGAUCACACCAUUAUCACCAGCACCACAGAGGAGAGCAAGGACAUCAAGAAGACAUUCUUUCAACGUGCCUUUGACAAUAUCCAUCAGACUGAUCUGGACAAGCUUUACGAGGACGAUAAAUACGCACCUGUGAUAUAUCACCUUGCUGAUAUUAUCAUGGACACGGCUAGAGGGUUGUUCGAUGCUCGGGAUAUUGAGCUCAAUAACUCGGAGGAUAGCGGGAUAUCGCCUUUUGAUGCUUACCGAAAAACAAUACAGAGAAUGCGCGACUAUGAGAUCAAGCUGUUUACCAAAUUCCGCGAAGCCUUGGACAAGACCAAUUCAAAGAAGUCGCAAACUAUUCAUCAGCAGCUCCUUGCAUUUUGGGGGAGUUCCCGAACACCCAAUAGGUCAAGAGAAGGGAGAGACACGAUGCAGGUAGGGGGGGAAAUUGAAGGCAAUUCAGACAUCGCGGAGGAUUUCGGAAACCCAUAUGAGAAUAUAUUGGACGAGACCCGGCUAUUGGAGGAGAUCAAAGAUGUCUUGGAUGAGUUGAAUAUACUGAAAGCCCUAGCGCAGGACCAAGAACGUGUGGAUAAUGCCUGGAAAAGAGUCGCAACCAAAGUGAAGAUCAGUCGAGCAGUCAGCGCAUCUGAGAUCAAAACCGAAGUUGAGAGCAUGAUUGAGGAUGCAAAGAGUGUUCAGGGUGAUAUCAACUCAUUGCUAGAUCUAAAGCAAAAGGAAGCUGGCAUUGUCGAGGCACAGGCUACACGCAGGCAGAGUGAUACCGUAAUGACAUUCACGAUUGUCACCAUAAUUUUUUUACCCGCGUCGUUCCUGACGAGUCUUUUUGCCUUGAAUGUUUCCGAUUUCCCUCAUCAGAACGGUAGCGUUGAGUACAAAGGAUCGUGGAUAUUUCCAAUUAUCUUUGGCGUAUCUACUGCCGUAUCUGCAAUCUUCAUAGCUCUUGCGUUUAACACAAAUUGGCUGAAGAGGUAUACGCAUAUCUCGAAGGAGAACAUGAAGGAGUCUUCGCGGGCCCGGAUAAAAAGAAUCUUUGGGGUACGAGGUGAUGGCACUGGAGAACAACGAAGCCAGGUGUAA